AUGGGCAGAUUGCCAGAAUUCAGCCCACUUGAAGCCAGCCUCAUUGCAAAGCUUGUUUGCGCCGCACCGUCAAAGACUCGCCACGUGCCAAUCAAUGCAUCAUACUGCCGGCGCAAUUGCCUGUCAGAUGGCCAGGUCAAGCAGCGAAUCGCUUUGCCCACAAGGACAGCGCUGCCAGGGCACCAGACACCAAGAACUCAUGCAUUUGCAGAGCAUUUCGUCUUGGCCGGGCAGCUGGUAGAGUUGUCGCGAAAAAUGCAGGGCAGAUUACCUUGGCGUGUUGGCAGCGUGCUGAACGCGUUGCCAGAUAUUCCAUCUCGAGCGCGCAGGGCAUGUAUCUUCUCGGAUGUGUUGCAGUUGCAUGUGUCCAAGACAUGCUGCAGGGCAUUGCCCUUGCAUGCUAGCAGCGUCCGAGAUGCAUUUCUGGAGUUGCCUUGCGCAUGGGCGCAGCGCGCGACACAUUUCAGCCACUGA